GAGUUAAAAGGACAAAUUUAUAUUAGGGACUUUUAACUUAGGCUAUCAGUGUCAUGUUCAGACAGAGGAAAUUUCUUAAAUGACACCGCCUACAUUAGGUUUCUAAUUUGUUUAGUUCAUUUCAUCAUCUUGUGUGUGGUAAUCAAGUCAUAUUAAGUUAAACUUAUUUCACAUCCCAACAAGUUGUUAAAAUUUAUAUCUUGUACCCUGGUACAAGAUAUAAAUUAUAUCUUGAUAUAUAUGGACAAAUUGUGAGAACUAAAGAGCUUUGUCAAGGUAUUAAUUUAUGUCAGGGACUUUUAAUGGAUGACACCGGUGUCAUUCAAACAGCAAAAAUUUGCCGGCAACAUCCUUUACUCUACAUAUUUCUAACAUAACCACUGAGAACUGAUCUUAAUAUAUACACACCAGUUAACAAACGAUAUAUAUUCUCCGUGGCAAAACAAUACUGGAUGACAUUGGAAUUAAAGAAAGUCUUUCAUAGAAGGAGAAUAUCUAUGUUCCAGUGAAAGGAGAAUAAUUAUAGAAAAUGGAUUGUGUAAGAACAAGUGUGAAAAGGUUGAUUUUACUGAUGGAAUUCCAAAGGAUACAUGAAAAGCAUUUUACCACUGUGACGUCUUUAAAAAGACAUCAUUCUCUCAAAAAGGUAACCACACUACUCAGAAAUGUUUUCUUACAGGACGGAAGCCAUAUCACUGAGGUAACUAUGGAAAAUCAUUCUUUGAAACAAGUAAAUUAACUACACCCAAACUUACUCAUAGAGGAGAGAGAGAGAGGCCAUAUCGUUGUGAAAUCUAUGGUAACUCAUUCUCUCAAACACAUCACUUAAUUGAACAUAAAUGUAUUCACAUUGGAGAAACCAUAUCACAGUGAAAUCUGUGGAAAAUCUUUCUCUCCUGGAAAUAACUAUACAUAAGCAUAUUCAUACAGGCAAGAAGCAAUAUCACUGUGACAUCUUUUGUGAACAUUUCUCAGACAGAAGUUAAUUACCUGCACAAAAAUGCAUUCAUACAGGUGAUAAAAUAUAUGACUUGAUAUCUGUAGUAAAUCAUUCUCAAAGAAGUCACUUAAUUGAACAUAAAUUUAUUUGGAAAGCAGAGAAACCAUUUCACUGUGAAAUCUGUGGCAACUCAUUCUCUUGAAAGACAUAAAUUAAUUACACACAAACUCUCUCAUCGAGGGGAGAGAGGCCAUCUCACUGUGACAUCUGCAGCAACAUAUCUUUACAGGAGAAAAACCAUAUUUCUAUGAUAUCUGUUGUAAAUCUUUCUCUCAAAUAAAUAUAUUAAUUAUGCAGAAAGGUACACAUUCAAAAACGAAUCUUUAUCAGUGUUCUGUUUGUGGUAAAUUAUUCUCUCACAAUGGUCAUUUUACUAAACACAAAUUCACUCAUAGAGGUAAACCAUAUCACUGUGAUAUCUGUAGUAAAUCAUUCUCUCAAAGCUAUCACUUGACUAAACACAAGCAUGUUCAUACAGACGAGAAUGCACAUCGCUGUAAAAUCUGUGGUAAAUUAUUCCCUGAAAAAUAUUCCUUAGCUACACACAAACGUAUUCAUGCAGGAAAGAAGCCACAUCGUUGUGAAAUCUGUGAUAAAUCAUUCUCUCACAGUAAUAGCUUAGCUACUCAUAAAUUCACUCAUACAGGAGAAAAACCACAUCACUGUGAAAAGUGUGGUAAAUCAUUCUCUUACAAAAGUACCUUAACUAUGCAUAAACGUAUUCAUACAGGAGAGAAACCAUAUCAUUGUGAUAUCUGUGGUAAAUCAUUCUCUGAAAGAUCUUCCUUAACUACACACAGACGUAUUCAUACAGGAGAGAAAGCGCACCACUGUGAAAUCUGUGGUAAAUUUUUCUCUCAAAUAGGUAUCUUGGUUACACACAAACGUAUUCAUACAGGUGAGAAACCAUAUCAUUGUGAUAUCUGUGGUAAAUCAUUCUCUCAAACUGGUGGCUUAACUAGACACAACCGCAUUCAUACAGGAGAAAAGCCAUAUCAUUGUGAUAUCUGUGGUAAAUCUUUCUCUCGAAAUGGUGACCUAACUAAGCACCACCGUAUACAUACAAGAGAAAAGCCAUAUCACUGCGAUAUCUGUGGUAAAUCUUUCUCUCAAACUGGUGGCUUAGCUAAACACAACCGUAUUCAUACAGGAGAAAAGCCAUUUCAUUGUGAAAUCUGUGGUAACUUAUUCUCUGAAAGACAUUCCCUAACUGCACACAAACGUAUUCAUACAGGAGAAAAGCCCUAUCACUGUGAAAUCUGUGGUAAAUUUUUCUCUCAGAUAGGUAUCUUAGUUACACACAAAUAUAUUCAUACAGGAGAAAAGCCAUAUCACUGUGAUAUCUGUGGUAAAUCUUUCUCUCAAAAUGGUGGCUUAACUAGACACAACCGUAUUCAUACAGGAGAAAAGCCGUAUCAUUGUGAUAUCUGUGGUAAAUCAUUCUCUGCCAGGCAUUCCCUAACUGCACACAAACGUAUUCAUACAGGGUGAAAGCCAAAUCACUGUGAUAUCUGUUGUAAAUCUUCCUCUGAAAGUUCUGCCUUGUUUAAACACAACAGUAUUCAUACAGGGGGAAAGCCAUAUAAUUGUGAUGUCUGUGAGAAUCCAUUCUCUGAAAGUGAAAAUUUAAAUGAACACUUACCUAGUCAUACAUGUGUAAAACCAUAUCACUGACAUGUUUACGACGAAACUGAUCAAUUUUUAUUUAUUCUUUUAAAUUUUAUUUUGCAAUUUCCGUAAAAA